AUGGACACCACUUCGCAACGAGGUUCCAGUACUUCUGUCGGCACAUCGCAGGAAGAGCGGGACCGCAAUGUCUUGCGUCUCGCUCCUGAGAAUAAGGCAUGGAUGCCUCCCAAAUCAGUCAUGGAUCACUUGUCGGCGACGAUGAGUGAUCGUUAUCGAACACGGUUGUUCGAUUCGUCAAGGAUUCAUCACCUUGACCCCAGCGCGAAAAACUAUCGCGCUAAGAAUGAAUUCUUCAUCGAUGCUUUCUUUAGACAUCGAUGGUACAGUGGGAAUCACAAGCGUGAUGGUCCCUCACUGCUUCAGGCGUGGAACGCCUACAUCCAUAACCCUGAGGAUGUAGGUCGUGACGCUUGGAACGACAAACUUAUCAAAGCUCGUGAUAAGUUUGAAAAGCGAACCCCAACAGGUGCACGCUACAAGCUGCAUCGUCUGUCAAGGGAGAAGGGAUUGCCCUGCCUCUCUUGGGGAGACUCGUGCCCGUGUUGUGUGAACAACUCUGCACGAGCACCUAAGGAGGCUUACCUCCCUAAUAGCCCGUGGUGGCGCGUACGUGUCUCUAUUGAGAUGUACGAAGGGAUUGACAACCUGAAAUCCCUUUACGACCGUGCCGGAAAGACUUUCUCCGGCGGUCCUUCUGCGGCACAGGAUGUGCCGCGUCGUACUGCUCAACCAGACCCAGUACGUCGAUCAUCAGUUGGGAGCGGGGCUCCCAAGAAUCCCAGGACGGGGGAUAGCCGCGCCACCGGACGAGAUAACUCGUCCGACGUCCGUUCACGUCGCGGUGGUUCAACAGCUGCUUAA